UACUGUGAAAGUCCAUUUUCGUGUAUCUCCUACAAAACAAGCGGCAAGAGCAAGUGAACGUUAGACUGGACUAAAAUGGAAGACGGAGAUGAAUCUCUGUUGCAUUCUGAAUCCUUGGAUUCAGCUGAAUCAGAAGCCGAAUACGGUUAUAAUUCUGAAGCUAAAUCCGAAUUCUAUGGUUCCGAAUGCGAUGAAGAUGAAGGGGAAAAGCCCUAUGCCCGACGUUCAGCUCUGCAGCGAAACCAUGCCUGGAAGUCACAAAAUAUUUCAGAUCUAGUGAGGGGAAACCUCGAAGUGAAAAGGCAGUCACUGUUUCCACGAGUGUAUUCAGUGAAAGAUGCAGCAGCUAGUUUGAGAAAGCCCUUCAAGCCCCCUUCAUCUAAUGGAUAUACUGAGAACAAAGACCAACUCUCACGCAGACUUUGGGCUCGUAAAAGAUUUGUGCCAUGGGGUUCAUCAAGGCCUGCUUUGGUCACAAUUACAAACACGUUCAACAUCUCUAACACUAUCGAGCAAGAGGAGUCAGAGGAGGAAAUAUGCUUACCUCCAGGAAUUGAGCCUCUGAUAUUGUGGCAGUCUGAAGAACCAGAAGGGAGAGACUGCGAGUCUGUGUCUAUAGUUGUGGAUCCCUUGCUUGUGACGUUCCUCCGGCCCCAUCAGAGAGAAGGGGUGCAGUUCAUGUUUGAUUGUGUUUCAGGUGUACUGAGUUCUGACAACAUUAAUGGGUGCAUUUUGGCUGAUGAUAUGGGUUUGGGGAAGACUUUGCAAUCAAUCACGUUGCUUUAUACUCUUCUUUUCCGGGGACUUGAUGGGAAACCAAUGGUUAAAAAAGCAAUUAUCGUGACUCCUACCAGUCUCGUGGGUAAUUGGGAAGCUGAAAUCAAGAAAUGGGUUGGGGAGAGGGUGAAACUUGUUGCUUUAUGUGAAAGCACUCGAGACGAUGUUAUCUCUGGCAUUGAUAAUUUCACAAGUCCUCGGAGCCAUUUACAGGUAUUGAUUGUUUCCUACGAGACAUUCCGUAUGCAUUCUUCAAAAUUCAACCAAAGUGGAUCGUGUGACCUUCUUAUAUGUGAUGAAGCUCACAGGCUAAAAAAUGACCAGACACUGACCAAUCGAGCAUUAGCUGCUUUAACCUGCAAGCGCCGCAUACUUUUGUCGGGGACUCCAAUGCAAAAUGAUCUUGAAGAGUUCUAUGCCAUGGUUAAUUUUACAAACCCAGGAGUCUUGGGUGAUGCUGUUUAUUUCCGGCGUUACUAUGAGAUGCCAAUUAUUUGUGGUAGAGAACCCACAGCUUCCAAAGAAGAGAAGAAGCUAGGAGAUGAACGAUCGGCAGAACUCAGUGCAAAAGUAAAUCAGUUUAUACUGAGGAGAACUAAUGCGCUAUUAUCAAACCACUUGCCACCAAAGAUAGUGGAAGUCAUAUGUUGCAAAUUGACCACUCUCCAAUCAGAGCUGUACAGCCAUUUUAUACAUUCAAAAAAUGUUAAACGCGCAAUUACUGAAGAAACAAAGCAAUCAAAAAUUCUAGCUUACAUAACAGCACUUAAGAAACUCUGCAACCAUCCAAAGCUAAUAUACGAUACAAUAAAAAGUGGGAGUCCUGGAAUAUCUGGAUUUGAGGAAUGCCUGCGGUUUUUCCCUUCAGAAAUGUUCUCUGGAAGAUCUGGAUCAUGGACCGGUGGUGAUGGGGUUUGGGUUGAAUUAUCAGGGAAAAUGCAUGUCUUGGCACGGUUACUUGCUCUACUCCGUAAUAGUACAGAUGAUAGAAUUGUUCUUGUUUCUAAUUACACGCAGACAUUGGACCUUUUUGCUCAAUUAUGUCGUGAACGAAGAUAUCCUUUUCUGAGACUUGAUGGAUCUACAGCAAUCAACAAAAGACAAAAGUUGGUUAAUCGUUUAAAUGAUCCCUCAAAGGAUGAGUUUGCAUUUCUCUUGAGUAGUAAAGCUGGAGGUUGUGGCCUCAACUUGAUUGGUGCAAAUCGACUGGUGCUGUUUGAUCCUGAUUGGAAUCCAGCCAAUGAUAAACAGGCUGCAGCUAGAGUCUGGAGGGACGGACAGAAGAAGAGGGUCUACAUAUAUAGAUUUUUGAGUUCUGGAACCAUUGAAGAAAAGGUCUACCAGCGUCAGAUGUCAAAGGAAGGACUUCAAAAAGUUAUUCAGCAAGAGCAUGUCGAUUCUGAUAAGGGUAACUUUUUUUCAACAGAAGAUUUACGUGACCUGUUCACAUUUCACGAGAAUGUGAGUUCGGAAAUUCACGAAAAGAUGUUCUGCAAUCGCUGCAAACAACAUGAAAUGGUGCUAGAUUGCACUGUUGAAUCGGAAUCCACAAAUCAGAGCUGCCAAUCUGAUAAAGAUGAUAUAGGUGGGUUUGCAGGCAUUACUGGGUGCUUGCAUAAGUUGAAAAGCUCAGAGAAACAGGUCGGUGCUCCAAAGGAAGAGGAUUUAGCUAGUUGGGGCCAUCAUUAUUUUCCAUCAACUGUACCUGAUACCAUAUUUCAGGCUUCGGCAGGAGAUGAGGUCUCAUUUGUUUUCACAAACCAAGUAGAUGGGAAGCUUGUCCCUGUAGAAUCAGCUGUAAAAGACAAGACAGAGGAUGUAGAAGGACAUAAAAAAUUGCCCAGUUUUAGAAAGAAUAUGUUUGGAAAAGCAACAUUGUUGUCUCAGCAUCAAGCAACAUUACCAUCGUUCUCUAGUAGAGAUUCUGCAGUGAGCUCAUCUAAUCUAAAACCUCCAGAAAAGACCCACAUAAAAUUCAUGAGAACUUUAGGAGGUAAAACUCAUGUCAUGCCGACAAAUAAAAUCUCCCCCGGAAAUCAAACACCCCCCCUACAUUUAUCUCAUGCUUUUGUAGACGAUGAUGACUUUGAGUAGAUUUUGGAUGGAUUGAUUCAUUCUUUCUCAUUUCUCUAAUUUCAUCGCUGAAAUGGCUCAGCAUGUUUGACCAUCUUUAUCUGUAAUCAUCACUACAUACAAGACUCCAAAUGUAAUAAUUUACGUAGCAGUAUAUGUUAACUGAUAAUGUUGGGGCAAUUA